AGAGGGCGAUCUUUGUAACCCGGAAAGCAAAAGUCAAGAGUCGAGUCGAGUGGUACCGAGUCGAGUAGCUCGAAGGGGAGGAGUUCGACAGUUUUGUAGAUUUUUUCCAAUUAAUGAAGUAGAAAAUGGGAGAUAUAGAUGCAGUUUAUGGUGGAAUUGAAGGGGGAGCCACACAUUCCAAGAUGGUUCUGAUGAAAGGUGAUGGAUCCAUUCUGGCUUGGUCAGCAGGGCCCAGCACAAAUCACUGGUUGAUAGGAGUUGACCAGUGUUUAAUCAACAUCAAUGACAUGGCUGUCAAAGCAAAGACGGAAGCUGGACUGGAUGUCAACAAGCCUCUCAAGUCACUGGGUCUGUCACUCAGCGGUGGGGAGCAAGAAGGGGGCAAGCGAAGGGUUAUCGAAGGAAUGAAAAACACCUUCCCCAAUGUCAGUGAUGCAUACCAUAUGUGUACAGACACAUUUGGGGCCAUAGCCACAGCAUGUGAAGCUGGAGGUAUCGUGCUCAUUAGUGGGACGGGUUCUAACUGUCAGCUAAUCAACUCGGAUGGUAAGAACCACGGCUGUGGAGGCUGGGGCCAUCAGAUCGGAGAUGAAGGAAGUGCGUACUGGAUCUCAGCCAAAGCUGUCAAGAUCGUCUUGGAUCAGGAAGACAACUUAGUGGAUCCUCCUCACGAUGUUAGCUAUGUCAAGAAAGCCAUGCACACGUUCUUUGGGGUAUCAGAAAGUUUUGGUCUCCUCGAUCACUUCUACACCAACUUCAACAAGCCCAAGUUUGCCAAAUUCUGCAUAGUCCUAGCCCAAGGUGCUGCUGAAGCAAAGGACCCCCUGUGCAUGUGGUUAUUCCGAGAAGCAGGCCGGGUCCUUGGCCGCCAUAUUCUUGCCGUCGCACCCAAGAUUGAUAAGACGCUUCUUGAUGGGCCCAGUGGUAUGGUUGUCGUCUGCGUUGGUUCUGUUUGGAAAAGCUGGGAGAUCCUUAAAGAAGGUUUCUUGGAGGGUUUGAAGCCACGUCAUGACAGAGACGUCGACAUCAAGCAUUUGACGUUAGUCAGCCUCCUGCAGUCUUCGGCCAUCGGAGCAGCGCGGCUCGGCGCCAAGUCUGUCCAGUUCACCUUGCCCAUUGACUUCAAGGCCAACGUCAACGAGUUCUUCAGCUAUCAACAGUAGAGUGUGGCAUACAGUAGGGGUUGCUAUACCUCAUACAUAUUCAUGAGCUGAUAUAUAACUGGUCAAUAGACCUGAGAUGUAAUGGCGUUGCUCUUGGUUUACGCGUGCGUUUUCUUAUGGGAGCUAGGUGGUGGCUCCCAUAAAAAAGUGCACAUACAAAAUGAGACGUCAUGUCUCGGGGCUAUAUUCACCAUUACGUGCUAACUAGCUGAGGUUAUUUUCUACGUACCAGCGUAGCGAAGGGAAAUCUGUGCGAUAGAUGUAUGUGCUUGGGUAUUAACACUGUCGUACAUGUAGCGACUUGAAGAUAUGGUGGCCUCUAUAUAGUGAAUAAACUGCAUAUUAUAUAACAGUGUAAUUACAUGGUUUAUUUCAGGUGGGCAGUCAAAAAUUAGGUCCCUAGAGUAUAUUAGUAAAAUCAUGUACUGCAAGUAGUAGAGAGAGUAACACAGACCAAUGUAUUCCUGAAGUGCUAGGAUUUAUUGUCAAAAUUGUUUUAAAUUGCUGUUUUACUCAAAAUGUGCACAAAGACAUAGUGUCUUCGUGCGAGCAUCAGGCGCAAUCGGCAAUGCAUUUUGAAUGCCCCUCCCAGUGGCCUCUCCCAACUCUCCUUUUUUGAACCAUUGAGGAGGUACUUGUGCCCAGAGUCCAUGGACUUGUACUCAUGCUUGAUGUGUGUGAUAUUUAACAAUUGUUGACUGCUGUGGUGUGGGAUAUGUUUUGAUGCCCCGAGUGUGUUCAAAACCUCAUAUCCCAUAUCACAGCAGUCAAGAAUUGUUUUGUGAUACCUCUGUCUUGGAUUCUUUGUUUUAAUGAGAAAAUUGCGAAAACAAACAUCAGUUAACACAAUCAUGACAAUCGAACGUCAAUACACAUGCAUGUCGCCUGCUCAAAACAGCUGAUUGUCUGCUAGUUCGCUGCUCCCACUCAUGUGUGAAAACAUGGUGAAAAUAGCGUGGGUACCAACGAUAUAAGCGUUCCACACCGCGCUGUACGUACAGUACGUACAAAGUCAUAGCACACUCCCUGAUCUGGGAUAUCACGUACGUGAUACCCCACAGGGAGUGUGCCAUGACUUUUUUGUUAACUUAACUCGUGAUCGUUCUAGGCCAAUGAACAGACAGUAUAACAAGGUAUAACAAAAGUGGGAAAAUGGGUUUGGAUUGAUCGGGUAUAUCUCACAACUCAGAAUGUACUGUUUCACCGAUAAACAUUCCCCUUUGCAAAAAGUAAAUUCCUGUUUAAAAAUGAAUUCAUUAGUUCUGGGUGUGGGUGGAACAAGUUGUGCAGUACGUUUGAAUAAGUCUUGCCCUAAUGUACAUGUAUAUUGUUGAAUAUGAAAUAUCGCCCACUCAUGGGUGUCGCGAGGCAGUUCAAUAAGAAUAUUUGUCAUGCCAUAUGUUAUCAGCAGUGAAUGUGUCUUAUAGAUGAGGCUGGUAUUUUUUCUGCUGGGGGGGUAUUGGUGUUGGGUUGGAAAACAUAUUUCUAACGGUAAAGGAGAAGUGAUUAGUCGUUCAAUUAUAACGAUACACUAGCAUCCUGUCCAUUGCUUUUAGAUCAUCCUAAUUCUGCAGGAAACAUUUCAGAGAAUAAUCUUAAACUACUAUAUUGGCCAGUUAUUGAAGAUACCAUUGGCCAGUUAUUGAAGAUGCCAUAGCAAAACUGUUAUCAUUUUGACAUAGUGUAUUUGCAGUAUUUACUGUUUUAGUUGAUCUGUAGCCAACUAAACAUUGAUACUAUUCUCAAGAACUGAUAGUUAUUGAGGAUGUAAAAAGUUUGUUUCCCAAAGAAAUACUUCUGCGGUAGAACGCUUUCCUUUUUUCUUUUUCUUUUUAAAACUAGACUCAAAAUUUGUAUUUGUUCUUUCAUAAUGUGCAUUACACAAAAGUAGGUACAAAGUUAUUCUCUUGCAGACUUAAAAGUA